UUUUCGCAACAGUAUUAUAUACAUACGUGGUUGUAUGUAUACAGAAAGAAAACUAUUUAUGUGAUCCGUUUAUGAAUCUGCUGGUAGUGCAGACUACGAACAAAUACAGUGACUGAUUUUGUAUUAACCGCAUGAUAUAUGCUUUGAAAUUGUAUAUAUCACUUGGAUAUAAUGUUUUCUUUGCAAUAUGUUUAGAAACCGUUUAUUUUAAGUAUAAUGUAAACGGAGAUUCGGAAGCGAUACACUUGCCGACAAAUAAGAAACAUCACAAUAUGGCAGAGCAACAACAGUCACCUUCUGGCUUUAAACGUAUGUCCUUAGACAAAAUUAUUGAAGCUAUGACUUCAGAUUUAGAAAGUUCUAACGGUCAUUAUGUCCAAUUUGGCGUAAAUCCACAACAAGCUACAUCUCAUAAUUGGGGAAAUUAUUCUUCAAAUCAAACAAGACAUUAUAUUGCUAGUCAAUCUCCUCAUUCUAAUCCACCCACGAUGCAAUCUAUGCCUCCAAUGGAUGCUCCGCUUUAUAUGCAAGAUAUGUCAAACUACGAUCCUCCAACAGAUUCGAUCUAUUUCCCAUCUCAAGCAGUAAAUCAUUUAGGUAUAAAUGAAAAUAAUGAUUUAAUUGGAACUAUCGAUGUUGGAGGAGGCAAUUACAUUAAUGUAAUUUACGGAAAUGCCUCACAAAUUAUGGCAGAACAGUGCCAACUUUCAAACAUGACAUCUUACAGGAAUCAAAAUAUGAUUGAUCGAGAAUAUGGUCUCUUUAACGAUAGACACAUGAAUGUGCCAUCUGAAUUGCCAACCCAAAAUUUUAAUGGAAAACAAUUAAUUGAGAAUUUAGUUGGUAAUUGGGUGCCAAACCAAUCUGGCACAUAUAGUCCCUUUGGUGGUUCUCCAAAUGUAACUCCAGUACUGCAGCCAAAUAUAGAUAUUAGAGAUUCUGAAGAACUGCCUAGAAAUUCAACUGAUUCUCAGCACAAGAAACCUCGUGUGGUAGCAGAAGUGAAACCUAUGCGACCUUCUUAUUCUGAUGUUCUAACAAAGUCUGCUCCAACACCCCCAUCUCCUUUAAUAGUUCAAUCUAUAAAACCCAAAACAGAAUCUGUAAACAAGAAGGUUUCUAAUAAAAAUUCAAAGAAUAAAUCUAAAUCUUCGACAUUAAAGAGACAAAAUUCAUCUGGAAGUGAUGAUCAUAAUUCUCCAAAAAUGCAAAUACCACGGAAAGUACUAGAAAAAAAUAAUUCAAAUCUCCCAAGGCGUUGGGUAUCAUUAGACAAUCUUGGUUCACCAACUGAAACUCACGAAAUAAAUAGUUUUGACAGAACAAAUCAAUUUGAAAAGAAAAAAGUUUCUAAAAUACCUAAGAAAGCAGAAAAAGGAGAAACGCUUAAUAAUUCAAAAGUUCAAAAUAACAAUCCCAAAUCUUCUGGGAAUAUUCCUAAACGUCCCAUACAAAUAAAUAAUAAUUUAAAUAUAAUAAACACUUUCAGUCAAACCAUCUCUCCUGAAAAACUAGAGAAAAAUCAACAGGUUGUCAACAAAAUGAAUAAAGAAGAAAAGAAAGUAACAAAAGAAAAGAAUUCUAAACGGUUUCAGACUGAAAAAACACAACAGAUUAAAAAAGCUCAAAGAAAUCGAAAAAGAGAAAAUAGGGAAUCACCAGUCAAAGAUUUAUAUAAAAAUUUAAAUAAAUAUGCCAGUCACUGGAUUAAAAUUGGUUUAAAGAUAUUUCAUUGGUUGCUACACUUAGUAUCUGAUGUAGUUGGCAUGAGUGCUAAUCUUAUGAUUCUUCUUGGAAAAUGUGGAUGGUAUCAUACUAUGCUAUAUUUAAAAUACUCAUGGGUUUAUAUGGCUAUGACAUUUUCAAAAGUUCGUAUUUUAAAUACUAUUGGCAAACAAUUGGAUAAUUGGUUUGGUAAUAGUAAAUUUGCAUUUUGGCGUAAAAUAAAAACUAAAAAUGAAGAAAAAGAAGAAAAUAGUAAUUGGAUACAUGGUGGUCUUGAAGCCAAUAUUGCAUUACCUAGUACUGGUGAAGAAGCUAUGAAAAGAUUAUUAGCUUGCAAAGGAAAAGAUCCUUACAGUAUACUUGGAGUUACACCAACAUGUUCAGAUGAUGAUAUAAAAAAGUACUAUAAGAGACAAGCUUUCUUAGUUCAUCCAGAUAAAAAUAAUCAACCUGGCGCAGAAGAAGCAUUCAAAAUACUUGUUCACGCAUUUGAUAUAAUUGGUGAACCGGAACGUAGACAAGCAUUUGAUCAAACUAGACAAGUCGAAGCAGCUUGGGGUGUAUUGAGUGAUUUACUCUCUCAACUUCAUAGAAAAAUGGAACAAGCAGCAAAUACAAUAAGAUGUACAAAUUGUGGUUUAAGGCAUAAAAGAAUUCCAACACAGCGUCCUUGUUAUGCGGCACGAUUUUGUGCUCAAUGUAAAAUACGUCAUAGUGCAAAAGAAGGAGACAUUUGGGCAGAGUCUCGUUUAAUGGGUUUUCUUUGGCAUUAUUAUGCUUGUAUGGAAGGAGCAGUAUAUGAUGUUACAGAUUGGGCAGCUUGUCAAGCUGGUAAUUUAAAACACCUAAGAGCAAAUACACAUAGUGUUCAAUAUAGAAUUGUCUUAGGUCAACGACCACCGUCACAAACGGCCAAUAAUGGCAAAAGACGUCAACAAAUAGAUCCAAAUACCAGUGAAGCAGAUUUUGAAGACUUUUUAAAUAAUUUAUACAAUCACAAUAAGACCGGAAAUUCAAACCCACCAGAUCAAAGUUCUUUUGGAGGUGAUUGUAAGCGCCGUAAAACUAAACGCAAGAAGUAAAAAGUAUGGCAAGUUACUUCCUAAUUUUUAGCAUCCAUUAUGUAUAAUUAUACAGUAAUAUACAUAGUACCCUAAUGAA